UUACUAUAUAAAACUGAUAAGCAAAAUGUGUCAAAGCUUCAUAACUCAAUGGCACGAGUCCUUCAGCUAACAUGAAAAGGUUACAAAAAAGUACUUUCAUUUUAUUGAACAUGACGAAACGAUCUUCUGUAAACAAUCUAACAGAUAUGUUUAGAGCCAUAGGAAGCAUGACAAAAGUAAGGAGGUAUGUACAGUAGCAUUUACAGCACAUCGAUAACUGCAGUCAAACAGGCUGAGAAAAAAAGCUGCUGAAACUUUUCUGUACAUCAUGGGAACUUUCACACCUGCAGUCAAAACGUUGGAGCUGUCGACUCCUGGAAUUGAGGGUUUGUGUCAAUGAACUCUUAAUCUGCAACUAAAUGUGUUUAGGUACGUGGCACUGAACGCUCCAGAGUAAAUGACCGAGGAAAAUGACAGGAUGUCGCUUCAUGCUAAACAAACAAGUAAAUCAAUGUUUAGAAAAUAUUUUAUGUACACAUUCAAAUAAUGCAUUAAUCAAGCUCAGCUUUCCAUUUAAGAACAUUUUCAGAACAUUGGUAUUGGUAAAAAAAAAUUGGUAAAAAACUAUUAUAAAAAACUACUAAACUACAAUGUACUAUGUGGAAUAUAAUAUAGCAUUUCAGCAAAAUGUCAGUGUCACAUGUACAAUAAUUUUCCUUUAUUGUAGAAAAUUUAUCAGAAGGCACAACAUCUGCACUUAAAAUGCACUCCGACUAAAGGGCAAAUAUUCCCAAGAUAUCUGAUGUGCUUGGUCCUUGAACAUUAAAACAAGCAUGUGAUGCACAGCAUAAUCUUAUCAAUGGUUAUAUGUCUCACUGACUUUUACAAAGGAGGGCUGUUAACUUAAGUCAUAUUUUCCAUCAUUGGGGCAGUCGGAACAAAAUGUACAUGGAGGUUGAAACACGUGAGUGUUUCCAGCUGUGAGCAGGUAUAUAUGGAGGUGUGGGUUGUUCCCUGAGACCAGAGUGCUCACAAGUUCUCCUCAGGUUUUUCCUAAAGCUUCUGAACAUGAACUCCAUCAGUGUACUGUCCUGCCUCAGCCUGCUGCUGGCUGCCGCCGCCGCCCAGGAAGCAAAACCAUGCGUUUCUCCAGGGCUGAUGAGUGGAGGUAUCAGUGUGAUGGGUCCCAAUGGAUUGGUCAUGUAUACAGGAACAAUAAGCUAUGAUGCUUUUGGUCAGAGGAUGCGGGUUAGAAACUAUGGGGUUGUCGGCAAUCAGACCUUUGCUAUGGACCAGCUGAUGCUUUUCGGGCAGAAAGUCUACUAUGAGAUCAACUGGAGCAAAUUGUCCUGCAAGAAGAAAGCACUGGAUACCUCCUUCAUUCCCAUGCAUGUUCCCUCUGAUGCUAAACUGAUGGGGCAGGUAUUCAUGGGCUCCUCUUCCUCCUGGGGAAUGGGCGUGCUCGUCAACACCUGGUAUGGAGACCUGCCACACAAUGGCAAGUACAUGACUGUCUUCAGUGAGAUUGGCUGCAUCCCUAUGACCUUCACUGCCUACUCACCAGAAUCUGGGUGGACCACAGUCAGCACCUUUAACUGGGUUUUGGGCAACACAAACCCCAUGGACUACUUCCCUCCCUUCUUCUGUUCCAAGUCUCAACUGGAGGAGACAGAGAAGCCACAUAACAUGUUCACUGCUUUGGAGUCUCUGGCCAUGAAGACCAAGAAAGAGGAAUAAACGUCUGGAGCGUGUCGCUAAGAUAAUCACUGACUCUGCUCUCAACAGGGCAGCAGAUCUACAUUUGACCCAGAUGAUUGAUUAUUUUGAUUAACAUACAUUUCCACACAACAAGUCACAGGGAUGUAUGCAAAGUUAUCUUAAUACAUUCUUGGGAAACUACUCAGCCCAUUGCAUUGUUGUAAUGAGGCAAAGCCCACACAGCCCAUUCAUUGGUACUGCAGGUUAAAGGAAGCUAUAAGAUGGUGGGAUAGUCGGAACAAAUGUGGACUGUUAGAGUGAGGUACGCAGUAAGAACUAAAGCAAGUCAUGUAUGUAACUGUAUACGUGCUAUGUGUUCCAUCUGUCAGUCUCUUUAAUAACACCAAUUAAAAGCAUUAAAUAUUUCUGUAGUUAUUGGGAGUUGGAUGCUUGAAUGCA